GUGAUUUAUCGUGCCUUAAGUCCGGCUAACAAGAUUGAGGACCCCUAUAGUCCUGAGGCUCAAGAUCUCCUGAAACUCACCAACCUCCGCCUCCUUUUGUUAAAAAGACAGGAAUGUCCAUGCCAUGGUUCAGGAUUGGUAGAGAAACCUCAGAGGUUUGCCCACUAUGCUAUUUAUGACCUAAUCGUCCGGGGAAGCUGCUUUUGCAAUGGGCACGCAGAGGAAUGUGAGCUGGUCAACAGGACGGGAGUCGUGGAGAACAUGGUCCAUGGGAAGUGUGUGUGCAGGCACAACACAGCAGGAGACCACUGUGAGAAAUGUGCUCCCCUGUACAAUGAUCAGCCUUGGAAGCCAGGAGAUGGAAAAACAGGGGCCUCAAAUGAAUGCAGAAAGUGUCGCUGUCACAACCACGCCGAGAGCUGCCACUUUGACCUGAGUGUUUGGUUGGCAUCAGGAAAGCGCAGUGGGGGAGUCUGUGACAACUGCAAGCACAACACAGAGGGACAUCGGUGCCAAAGGUGCAAACCAGGGUAUUACCGAGACAGGGGGAAACCCAUGUCCUCUGCAGAGGUCUGCAAACCCUGUGCCUGCCAGCCCGUGGGUUCAGCCAACACAACGUUCAGCAGCAGCUGGAGGUGCCACCCCCGGACGGGAUUCUGCUACUGCAAACCAGGCGUGGCGGGUCCCAACUGCGACAGGUGCCUCGUGGGCUACUGGGGCUUCGGAGAAAACGGCUGUCGCCCCUGCGACUGCGCCAGAGACUGCGACCAGCACACUGGGCGCUGCUUCAACAGCUAUGACAGUGAGCCAUUCUUUAACAUCCCCAUUGGGGGACGAAUCCCUGACCUUGUCCAAACACCAACCAACGAGAGCGAAGAAGAGUGGAAAUGGAACGACCACGAGCAGGGAUUUUCUGCACUGAGGCACCCAGAAAAGUGUGUGUGCAAAGAAAAGGUGCUUGGGAGCGUCGCUGACUUCUGCCAAAUGAAAUAUGCCUAUGUGAUAAAAGCAAGAAUCCUCUCUGCUCAUGACAAAGGGACCCAUGCAGAAGUUGUUGUGAAAGUGAAGAAGGUCCUGAAAUCCGGCAAAGUGAAAAUUGCUCGGAGCAACAGAAGCAUUUACCCAGAAUCCUGGACCAACAGGGGCUGCACAUGUCCCAUUCUCAAUCCUGGUACUGACUACCUUAUAGCAGGCCAGGAGGACUCUAGGACUGGCAAACUCCUUGUAAACAUGAAUAGCCUGGUGAAGCCCUGGAAGGCCCAUUUGGGAAAACAAGUAUCAGAUAUUCUUCGAACUGGGUGCAAAUAAUUUCUGCUUCAGAAGUUACAGCGCUGGACUUUGCCCUUUAGUAACACUGCAGCGAAAGGUGUAGUUAGUUCAUGUGUUUCCACUCAACAUGCUCCUAGCUGAAGUGAUGAAAGCAGACUUGCCAUCCCUUCUCCUUUCAUAUGCUUAGACAGGAAACUCAGGACAUGACCACUUUUUUCAAAAAGUGCACAGCCUUAUAAUACAAAAUUAUUUAGUGCAUCACGCAUAGGUUACAAGUCAGUUCUUAACUUGAGCCUGAUUCCACCCAGAGAAUCAUUUUACAAGGCAAAACUAAAGAUGUGGAUGAGUGUUUCCAUACUUCAGGUCAGAGUCUGACAUUAAUAUGCGUAAACUGCUUACAUAAUGCAUUCAUUACUGGGAUGUAGUUUUCUUUAUAAGUGACCACUAAAAGGCAGCAAUUUCUUUAAGCUUUACAAGUGGCAUAAUACUAAACAAGAAUAUCAAAUAAACGUAUUUAAAAGAGCUCAGACUGAUUUAACAUCAGACUGCAAUUAUGCCAAUAUAACAGGUUGCUUUCUAGAAGACAAUAUUAUCCCUUUGCUGAACAGAAACAAACAUGAUUUAUCUUGGGACAAUUUCCUUUUCAGAUGUGUAUUUGCUAUCACCAAUGCUUAGUGCUGAGCUCUGCUGCAGAAACCACCUGGGUUCAAACUCUAUUCCAAAUCCAGCUCUUUGCUGUAGUACAUUAGUCGGUAACACCACAAAGGUUUCACAGCAAUUACCACAAAAAAAGCCUCAAUACUAGGAAGAAGUCAAAACACGUGAGGAACUAGCAGCUGCUCUAAUGUUGAGAUUGUAACACCACAAAAGUUACAAAGCAGGAGGUAAAUGGAUUGGCUGGUCCAUGUAUUAAAUGAGGUAGAUACAGUUCUCUGAGAACAACCUGCCUAUUCCAACUGUGCUCAAGACCACCGGCCUUUGAUUGCACUUAGGGCUUUCACUGCACUUCAUUUCUCUUGGUCACACUUCAGGCUAAGAUACUGAAGUUGUGCUUCCUUCCCAUUGUGCCUGAGGAUUAUUUCUCCCUCCACGGAAGUACAGGAGUGGUAACAUCUGCACUCCAGGUAAAAUUAGUUCUGUUCUGCAAAAGUAUUCUUUCUAAACCAAUUUCACCCUACCCUAUAGUAAUCAAGAGGUAGCUACUUAAAUCCUUCCCUAACACAAUAUUUUGAGGAAAUUGUAGUUUAAAGACUUGUGUCCCCUGUUGAAGGACCCACAAUGAAGUUUAAAGAUUAAAUGGAGCUGGUUGGAGCACGCUCUCUUCAAGCAAAGAAGAAAUUACAAUGAAUCAAUCUGUAUUCUUUCAGGGGAGUUACAGAGAAAAAGCAAGCCCACAUGCUACUUUUGCAUAUUUCAAUUCCAUGGCUAUAAUUUUUAAUCCUCCUAGGUAAGAGAAGAUAUGUUAAUUUAGCACUGUCUGGCACAUAGUAGAAAACCCCAAUACUAAUGAAGAAAAAUGGAAGUCCCAGCCUACAACUUAGACCACCAGUUUGUUCUCCUUAUUACUUGGAACCUGAAAAAAGAGCUUCUUUCAUUCUCUUUAUUGCUGGUUUUGGAAAUGGAUUAUAAGCAGAUAUUUACAAAAGAAAAGCCCUACUUUCUUCCCCAACAGUGUAUAAACAGUGUUUCUUCCUCCUUCCUUUUCAGGAAAUUUCCCCUCCUCCAUUGCUUUCCUUCUUUCACUUCAUUAUUUAUUAGUUGUUACCUAAAGUGGUAUCCAGCAGUGUGGCAUCUCCAACAAGCCAUUUAAUUAAUGCAAUAAAACACUUUUUAACCAAGGAACCUGGCAGAAUUUGAAAUGUCAGUUUACUGAAAUUAGCACAGCAACUGCUUUCUUUCCUGCCUCCAGAAAUUGUCUCAUAACAAAAAGACUGACUAGUUCUCUUUAAAAUAUCAAUAAAGACAUGAACAUGAAUUUUACAGUCUGUUCUCAAAGGGCCUCUCAAAAUAAAUGAAAUUCAAGUGUGUUUAGAACUAAACUAAGGAAUGUUCUUUUCAACAGAGGCCAUGUAGGGGAUCUUAUUUAAUGAUGAUGAGGAUAUCCCAUGUUGCAAACUCUUCUAUUCCACUUUUUGGGCCAGACUGGUGAUUUUGUGGGGAGGGUAAACAUCUGCACAGUUCCUCUCUGUGGAUGAAAGUUAUUUUCUGACAUGGUCAUUGACAAGCAUUACUAGCUGCUGCUAGUAGAAAUACUAACUGGAACAAGAAUAUUGAUACCCUGGUGUGUUCUCUCAGGGCCUAGGAUAACACAGUGAUUAAUGAUUACUUAGUAGUCAUUAAUCACUGUUUGCAUUUGUAUGCAAACAAGAUAGUCAUCAAUAUAUCCUAUAUUUCAGAUAUCUCAAAAGUAGGCAAUAUGUACACACUUUUCUCUAAAGCUGACUGCAAGUUGACUUUUUUAUUGCUGUCGCUACUUCUGCUAAUCAGGCAUCUCUGAGUUCACAGAGAGGAAAAAUAAAAGAACAAAGUUUCAACUUACACAGAGCUAUUAUGUGCAAUCUUUGUUCUGCAGAGCUACAGUCCAGGGAGCCUGCCUGAAAAUAAGAAUCUAAAUAGAAAUGAACCACACAGUUCAAAUUAUAACAGUUAAUGAUUACAGAAGAGAUGAGAAAGUUUAAAUUGAUCGCUAUUAGGCAUUGGAAAGGAAAAAAGUUACUUUCUGGUGUACUAGUACGUGAAGUGAAAUGAAAUGAGCAUAAAACAGUUCAAGAUGGCAACUGUCCUCCUGUAGAAGCUGUUAUGUAUUUCUCAGAACAAGCCAGCAGGUCAUACAUGGUAAAUUAAAAGAACUACCAUAGAAGGCAUGGUAUCCCUGUAUCAAAAAGGAUUGGAUCUGUGUACACCAUCCUUGUGAUCCUCCCUGUGACUUUGUGUCUUAGGUGGCACAGCAAUACAAAGAAUACUAGUGUGGGAAAAAGGAUGAAUUUGGCCAGUACAAAGUGGUUGGGCAGCUUCUUUUAAAAUGUGUGAACUGGAGCCUGUCUUUAAGGAGGCCAUAUGAACCCUCUACAGCACCCUAACAGUGCUCACAAGUAUAGCAACCACACACCAAAAAGCAGCAAUGAUCUGUCAUUUGGAAAUCUUGUGAAAGGAUGAAAUAAAAGCCUUUACUCACAAGACGAGGAGUCUGGAAAACUGAGGAAAAUUUCUUAAAAGGGCAGGUGAUAGUUUGAAGCAGCAGGACAUGUAACUGUUCAGAAAGCAGCAAACUCAGGAUUGUGGAGGUCAGUGCAGCUCUCGGUAACAGCUGUGCAGCACAUGUAUCCAUGAAUACGUGAUCCUUCUGGCAAUGUGGAUCCUUGAAGCAUCAAAGUAGUUCAUUAAAUGCUCAUUGUGAGUGCUGAGCCCUAACUCCAACAUACUGACAUAUUGCUAAUAAUGCUUCUCCAGCUUCUGCUCUGGGCAAGCAGCAAAGAAGGAGAAUGUACCUAUGCACAAGCUUUGUGCACUGCUCUUCCAAGAGGGACUCACUACUAUGAAGAGUAAGUUUUCUCUGUAGCAUUUAGCAUGUCUCAUAAUUUUUUUUCAUGCUGCUUGAUGUAAGCUUCUUUUUAAUUGAUAUAAUUCACAUGAUGUGCUCCCUCAAGUCCCCCAGACCUGGAAAAGUUAGUGUGUUCCUUGUUACGUGUUGUAGCACUUUUUAUUUUUUAAUUAAAACUUCCAAUUAAAAAUAUUCAGAUACUUAAACUGA